UUUUGCUGCGCCGUCUGAUGAAUUCUUUUCUUAAUGUUAACUGCAACUCAACUCAGGCCCUGCACUGAAACUGGGACUAGAGAUUGGCUGAAAUUCAUAUUCUACAGGUAUGACUGUCCGUGAACGGAGAAAUGAGUAUUGAGGCUCUCGUUAUGCAUAACGCCUAUCACCUUCUUGACUUAUGCCACCGCAUUAAACUUCAAGUUUCGAGCAUUCCGAGUCAGAGCACAUGCAUGAGAUCUCUUAUUCGCAGCGUCGGAGUCAUUUCAACUCUUUCUACUAAACAUAUACUUGCGCGGAGAAUGGCUUCGACGGCAGUAUCUGCCUCGACGACCAAGCCCGCUAAUACCCCCAAAUCGAAAAAGAGCGAUAAAGAUAAUGCGGGUGCUAAAGCUCCACUGGAUAUGGAAGUGACCUUCCUCGGAACUGCCUCUGCGCAACCAUCCUCGACUCGCGUCCAUUCGUCCCUCGCGUUCCGCCUCUCGGCUGAUGUCUGGUUAUUUGACUGCGGAGAGGGAACACAGUCGAGGCUACAAAAAAGUGCAGUCAAGAUGGGGAAGAUCGAGAAAAUAUUUCUGACGCAUCUACACGGUGCGCAUUACUCGUCACUAUCACUCAAACCGACUGAUUGCCUUCUCGGUGGACACGGAGGGACGGACGGAGCAGAGGACGUUCGAUCGCAUAUCGACGUGAACAAUCCCAUCGUUGAAUUUACGGGCCAUUGGGGACACGCGGAUCCUCCAAACGGGGACCAUUGCGCUCUUCCGCGACACCGUGCCGAAUCACCAUUUGGCCGCAACAUCCCUCAAAUUGACGGGGUGUGGUCCAACAUUCUCGAAAACGGCUCCGUGUCCGUAUCAGCCGCCCCUAUCUACCACUCUGUUCCAUGCAUCGGAUACGUGAUCACAGAAAAGUCUCUUCCGGGCAAGAUGGACCCGAAAAAGUACAUUCCAGAGCUCAAGAGGACGAACACCCCCAUCGCCGUGAUGAGCCAACUGCAGCAGGGGAACAGUGUCGAGCUGACUGAUGGAACCAUCUUGCACGGCCCGCCACGAAAACCGGGUCGCAAAGUAGUCAUCCUCGGGGACACGAACAAUCCCUCCCCAAUCGCGUCGAUGGCCAUGGACGCGGACCUGCUCAUUCAUGAAGCGACCAACGCACAUCUGCCCGGGAUCGAAUCAGAGGCCAAGGAGUCGGACACCUUCCAGAGCGUCGAGAAGAGAACACGCUCCAGGGGCCAUUCAACACCUCAGAUGGCGGGCGCCUUCGCCAAACGCAUCCGAGCCAAACGUCUCAUCCUCAAUCAUUUUUCAGCCCGUUACCGAGGGGACGACGACGUCGACGAGUCGGCCAAGCAAGUCAUGACUGCCAUCGGUAAUUUGGCAGCGGAGGAGUAUGGGCAGGAAGUAACCUGCGCUCGGGAUUUGAUGGCAGUAACUCUUCCGCCGCCACCAUGA